AUGUGUCGGGACGCUAUGACCGGUAAGGGUGUCGAUCGGCAUCUUUUCGCGCUCUAUGUCGUAUCCAAGUACCUACGCAUGGAGUCCCCAUUCCUCAAAGAGAUUCUAAGCGAACCCUGGCGACUUUCGACCAGUCAGACUCCAAUGGAGCAGUCUACCGAUCGUCGACCUCCAUCUGGACACCCUGUUCUUCGAUUUCAGCCGGGUGGCGGAUUUGGCCCUGUGGCAGACGAUGGCUACGGUGUAUCCUAUAUAUUUUCGGGCGAUGAUGCUAUCUUUUUUCACAUUUCUUCACGUCAUUCUUCUUCACUGACGGUAGACUAA